CAUCUCCCAAGCCACAACGGCCCGGCCACGCCCGCACCGCACGCGUCGUCCGGCUCCGACCGCCCCCCCAAUGAGGGCUCUCGCGGCCGCCGCCUCGCCCCCGCUCCGCGCCCUCCUCCUACUCCUCUCCCCCAACCUCCCACCCGCCCCGCGCCCCCUGCUCACCAUGAACCCCUCCUCCUCAUCCUCUGGCGGCUACCACUCCAGGGCCGCCGCCUUCGCCUCCCCGCAGCCGCGCGGCGGGGGCGGCAGGCGACGCGGUGGCGACGGAGACGGGAGCCACCGCAUCGACGCUCUCGGCCGCCUCCUGACGAGGGUCUUGCGGCACAUGGCGGCGGAGCUGGGCCUGAACAUGAGGACCGACGGCUACGUGCGGGUUGGGGACCUGCUCAGGCUCAACCUACAGACCUUCGCCAAGGUCCCUCUCAAGUCCCAUACGGUGGACGAAAUCAGGGAGGCGGUCAGACGGGAUAACAAGCAGAGGUUCAGUCUGUUGGAGGAAGAUGGUGAGCUGUUGAUCCGGGCGAACCAGGGGCACACAGUUACUACUGUUACUUCAGAGAGCUUGUUGAAACCCAUUUUAUCAGCUGAUGAAGUCUCAGUUUGUGUGCAUGGAACUUACAGAAAAAAUCUUGACUCGAUUUUGCAAUCUGGAUUAAAGUGUAUGGCAAGGUUGCAUGUUCAUUUCUCAAGUGGCUUACCAUCCGAUGGAGAAGUGAUUAGUGGUAUAAGGCAGAAUGUUAACAUCUUGAUACAUUUAGACGUCAGCAAGGCACUGCAAGAUGGAAUGAAGCUCUACAUUUCAGACAACAGAGUGAUCCUGACAGAAGGUUUCGAUGGUGUCGUUCCUGUGAAGUACUUUGAGAAAAUCGAAACAUGGCCAGGAGGAGUGCCAAUACCGUUUCAAAGAUGAGUGGCCACAUCAGUACCACUGCAGUUUCUGCAUGGCUCCUUGUUCAGAAUUUCAAAUGCAUGCAUGUUACAUCCCGGAAACUAACUUUUGUUCUAUUAUAUUCCCGAAAGAGUUAUUUCAGCAAUUCAGCUGUGAGUAGGCAUUGUUGUGCCGUUCUUGUGGAAGUGGUCAUGCAAACCAGUUACUAGUUGGUAGCAAGCAUUGCAUGUGGAUGGUGCCUCAAUUACAUCCACUGCUCCAUCAUAUGACCUUGUUGGGUGUGACUCUGUAAGCUGCUAUACACAGAAUCCAGUGAUUUCAGAUAUACACGAUCUAAUUUGCAUCGCAA